AUGCUAUGCGCCAGGGAGCGCCAGGAACGCUCUGCUGCUUCUCUGGAGAGGCAGUUUGUCUACCGAGCGCCCUGGGCGCCUCGAGCGUCCAGAGCGUCUGGCGGAGGUUGCGGGUUUGCUGAUGUAGCCGGGAAACGAGCCUGCGAAUUGGAACUGCCACCACAAGUCAAAAUCCAUAAUGUGUUCCACAUUGAGCUCUUGGAACAUUACCGACAAAGCAGUAUUCCAGGCCGCGAACAACGUCCCCCGACUCCCAAAGAGGUCGAUAAGGAAGGAGAGGUUCUGUACGAAGUAGAAAGUAUUGUGGGAAGCUGGAAGAGCAGAAGAGGAUUAGUGGAAUACCUGGUGAAAUGGCGGGGCUAUUCGAUGAGCGACUGCACGUACCAAGUCUUGGACGCUAUGAAUGAGGAGGUACUUGAUCUAGUCCGCGACUUUCAUCGAAGGAACCCCAAGGCCGUGAAGGACCAACGCCUGAGACUAUAG